CCAUAAUAUUAGGGCGCUUGAAGGAGUCGGUUGAAUAAACAAUGUCGUGUUUUAUAAAAUUAUGAACUAUGUCGUGUCAGAGCAGUGUUUUUAGUACAUUAGGGCGUUUUGGUUGCUGUUAUCAAUGCGCUUAGAGAUUAUUUGUUGAGAUUAAUAGCGCCUCGGAGUCGGAAUAACGCCUUCAUUCGGGAGAAGCGGUUGAGUUCGAGUUGACGGGCUAGUUCACCUCGAGUGCUGUUGUUUACAGAAUUUGGCGCUGAGGUGAGAGAGUGAGACACGUGGAGGAAUUUACGAAAUAAACGGACUGUUUUAUCAUUCGGAAACCAUGGCAGAGUUACACAUUGAAGCGAGCGCGGGCGGCCUCAUGGAGCAGAGCGAGCACCGGGAGACCCGAGGCUCGGUUAGCAUGCGCCUCCCGUCGCCUAGCUUCGUUCUUCCAGCUCGGAGCGGUUCUGCCAGUCCGGGCCUUUCUGCGUCCAGAGCCGUGUUCGGCUUCCCGAUGAAGAGCAGCCCGACAUCCCCGUCAGAGUGUCCAGAGAAACCGGGCUCCCGGUGGGUCCGGCUUAAUGUCGGGGGCACCUACUUCAUCACAACCAAACAAACCUUAUGCAGGGAUCCCAAAUCCUUCCUGUACCGACUCUGUCAGGAAGAUCCUGAUCUGGACUCGGAUAAGGAUGAGACAGGCGCUUAUUUGAUUGAUAGAGACCCCACGUACUUCGGACCCAUCUUGAAUUACCUGAGGCACGGAAAGCUGAUCAUCAACAAGAACCUUGCAGAGGAGGGUGUUCUAGAAGAAGCUGAGUUUUACAACAUUGCGUCAUUGGUGAGGCUGGUAAAGGAGAGGAUACGAGACAAUGAGAACAGGACGUCUCAGGGCCCAGUGAAACAUGUGUACCGUGUACUUCAGUGCCAAGAAGAAGAACUCACUCAAAUGGUGUCCACGAUGUCUGACGGGUGGAAGUUUGAGCAGCUUAUAAGCAUUGGCUCCUCUUACAACUAUGGAAAUGAAGACCAAGCAGAGUUUCUAUGUGUGGUUUCCCGGGAACUCAACAAUUCCACUAAUGGGAUUGUUAUUGAGCCAACUGAGAAGGCUAAGAUCCUUCAGGAGAGAGGUUCCCGGAUGUGAAGAGACCUUAGCUGUGUGACACAGAUUUCCCCGCCCCUCCCUUCCUCUCCUUUAGUCUCCCUUCUUUAACCAUACAGCUGACUCCAUCAGCUCACAUGGCUGCCCUUCCUUUCGAUCACCCUCCUCCCUUGUGCCUUUCCACCGUGGGGGUGUCCCCCCUCCCUGCAGUGCUGCAACAUCGCCCAUCCAGCACCAUCACCUGAGGUCACUGCUCUUAUCAAAAAUUAAAAGUACUAGAAAGUUAGUUGAUCCGUGAUGAUGCGGGACUCACCAUGACGACUAGGGAGGAGUCCAAGUAAGAUUUUCGAGGUCCGUCGCUAUAACUAACGUAGUCGUCCACAAUGCCUCGGAACUUGAUCAUUAAUCGCCUUUAUAUCCUCGUCAUAAUCAUCUAUAGACUAUAUCAUUGCUGGCAUGCUAGUUACAAGGAAUGCCUGUGCCACGGUCAGCUAGGCUGUGUUUCCAUCAUCAGAAUCUCCUCAGGACUUCCAGGGGUGCAAAAAAAGUAGUCAAGACAAAACUGUUUGCCCCCUACGCCCUUCUCAUAGCAAGCACAUUGACUCACUGUGUAAAACUGAGCGAGUGUACGAGUGAAUAUCAGCAGCAACACUCACUCACAUUAUUAUUUCAGUAUCUACCACAGCCUGGCUUGACCUUUGAACAUGCAGAGCCAUUUGUUUUCAAUUUGUAGUGUAUUAUAUAUUUGUUCCCUGUACUCAUUUGACCCACCAGAGUUCGUUGACAAGUAUUGGAUUUUCCAGGGCAUGCCGGAGGAGUUUGUUCACUUCUCCUAACAUGGACACAACGGUAAGAAACGCGUACUGUCGGGAGUGUGUAAAGAUCAUGAAUAUGGUUGUAUUACAGUGGAGGCUGUUCUAAAAGUCGUUUGUGUUUCAUAGUAGUCACAUUUGACCGGGGAAGCUUAUGAACUCCUUCUCCUCGUCUACUUUGUCCAGUGCUUCAUCACUCGUUUGUAAAUUUUUGUGUUGUGUUGUUCUCCCACUGGCUUUUCAUCUAUAACUGGGGGAAAACUGGACUCUCCAUAGUCUUAUUUCACACUAUUUCUCAAGAAUAGUUUUGUUUAAGUCAAACGUUUGGACACGCCUACUCAUUCAUAGAUUUUUCCGUAUUUUGACUAAUUUUCUACAUUUGUAGAACAAUACUGAAGACAUCAACACUAUAUGAAAUAACAUAUGGAAUAAAAAAAUGUGUUAAAAACAAAACAUGCUUCAUGUUUUAGAUUCUUCAAAGUAGCCACCGUUUACCUUGACGCUUUGCACGCUAUUGGCAUUAUCUUAACCAGCUUCAUGAGGUCGUCACCUGGAAUGCUUUUCAGCUAACAGGCGCCUCGUCAACAGUUAAUUAGUGCGAUUUCUUGCCUUCUUAAUGCGUUUGAGAUCAAACAGUAAAUAGCCAGAUUCCACAACUGAAAUAAUCCAUACUAUGUCAAGAACCACUUAACUAAGUAAAGAGAAACAACAUCCAUCAUUAUUUUAAGACAUGAUUUGUCUUUUAAUUAAUUAAUUAAAAAAAAAGACAUUGAAUUAGAAGGUGUGUCCAAACUUUUGACUGGUACUGGAAGUGUUUUUUGUCUCGUCACAAAUGAGCUCCAUGAGACUGUUGAUAGACAACGUGCUCAAACGAUUUGAGUCACAGCAGAACUCUGUUCUGUAAUAUGAUUGUUCAUUUUUUGACUUGGUAAGUUCAGCUCUAGCACUCCAUAGAAUUCUAACUAUUUUGGCUGUUUAACUGUUUCUAUCUGUUUUUUUUUUUUAAAUUAUUUAAGUAAAACAUUAGAUAAGUUAUAGUGGAAUAGCAGUGAAUGUUAAGGGCUCUAUUUUACAUGGAUUGAGAUGCUUGCCCUCAUGUCAAAAAUCCUAUUGUAUUACAUAAGGGUAAACUGCUUCUUCCAUGUUUUGACAUCAUAGCCAGUAUUUGGUCCCGUUUUAUGCAGAAUUGCCCUUGUCGUUCGAUAUUUAGCCACUCAAGACGAGCUUUCUAAAUUAAAUUACACACCCUUAAAAGUUAUCUGCUAGGACCAGGUGUGCUUCAUGAUGUUCAGACAGUAUUUUAACAUAAGAUAAAAUAAGAAGACCUUUAUUAUCCCACAACGGGGAAAUUUCCUGUUUGCAGCAGCACAGUGGAUAGCAGCAGAAGAGGACAUAUCAAACCACACAAAUAAAAAAAAAAAUUAUAUAUACACACACACACACACACACAUUGAAAAGAAAAAAUAUACCGAAGAUAAAUAUUAAAUUAGAGGAAUUAUGAAGUAGACGAAACACACUUAUUGCACAUAUCAGGUGGUCGUAGUUGCAAAAGGAAAAAAACAACAGCAACAAUGCAACAACUAUUGACACGUACAGAUGCGAGUCUACUGUGAGCAGUGCUGGUUGUACAGUCUAAAAGCUGCAGGAAGGAAUGAUCUGCGGUAACGCUCCUUCACACACUUAGGGUGGAGCAACCUCCCGCUGAAGGAGCUCUGCAGCCCAGUGAGUAAGCCCUGUAGGGUUGGGAGUCGUUCUCCAUCAUAGAUGACCGAUCCUUGUUCAGUAUCACAUAGAAUGUAAAACUGCAUGCUUUGAUGUUGUUAUUCAGGUCUAUUGAAAAGCAGCCGAUGGCUGCCACAGGCAGCAUGUCAAUGUGAAAUUUUUGGUCUCAAGUGCACAUUUAAAAGCACGAAUAAAUUUUUUUUGGGUCCCCUGCUUUAAAAUGUGAAGCAAAGGAGAACAGGUUGUCAAAACAUGCUUCAUGUUUAGUCUUUUAAGCUUUCACUUUGCAGCAGGUGUUUUGUCAGAGGAAUACUUUUCAGGCAAAUAUUGAUGGCCCAGUAGAAAUGUUCUUUAUCGCUUAUUGCAUUUGGACAUUAAAGGAACAGUCCACCGUACUUCCAUAAUGAA